AUGUUGCUUACACUAUUAAAAUCUCUCCUCGUGAUACUCGUGACCUUGAUAUUGAGAGUCCUAUACGAUACCAUAUCAUGCUACUGGCUAACACCUAGGCGAAUCAAGAAGAUUAUGGAGCGGCAAGGCGUAACCGGUCCUAAACCGCGUCCACUAACCGGAAAUAUUGUUGAAAUAUCGGCUAUGGUUUCUCAAUCCGCUUCUAAGGACUGUGAUUCGAUUCACCAUGAUAUCGUCGGCCGCCUUCUGCCGCAUUAUGUUACGUGGUCCAAACAAUAUGGGAAGAGAUUUAUAGUGUGGAACGGGACGGAUCCUCGUCUCUGCCUAACAGAAACGGAGUUGAUAAAGGAGUUGCUAAUGAAACAUAACGGUGUAAGUGGAAGAUCGUGGCUCCAACAACAAGGGACAAAGAACUUCAUCGGUCGUGGCCUCCUUAUGGCUAAUGGCCAAGACUGGCACCACCAACGUCACCUUGCUGCACCGGCAUUUACCGGAGAAAGGCUUAAGGGCUAUGCAAGGCACAUGGUGGAGUGCACAAGUAGGUUAGUAGAGAGGCUGAAAAAGGAAGUUGGGGAUGGAGGAGGUGAGGUUGAGAUAGGGGAAGAGAUGCACCAGCUCACGGCGGAUAUUAUAUCGAGGACCGAGUUCGGAAGUAGCUUCGAGAAAGGCAAAGAGCUCUUUAACCAUCUCACCAUCCUCCAACGCCGAUGUGCUCAAGCCACCCGACACCUCUGUUUUCCGGGCAGCCGGUUUCUUCCAAGCAAAUACAACAGAGAGAUAAAGUCUCUUAAACAGGAAGUGGAACGUUUGUUAAUAGAGAUUAUACAAAGCCGGCGAGAUUGCGCUGAGAUGGGCCGGAGCAGUACUCACGGCGAUGACCUUCUUGGGCUUUUGUUGAACGAAAUGGAUAGCCACAAGGAUAACAAUAGUGACAACAACAAUCUUCAGUUGAUAAUGGAUGAAUGUAAGACGUUCUUCUUUGCUGGCCAUGAGACCACCGCAUUGCUCCUCACAUGGACAAUGAUGCUCCUCGCCGAUAACCCCACGUGGCAGGAAAAAGUCCGUGAUGAAGUCAAAGAGGUAUGUGAUUGCGACGGCGUUCCCUCGGUUGAUCAACUAUCCAAGCUCACCUCGUUAAAUAAAGUGAUUAACGAGUCAUUAAGACUAUACCCUCCAGCUACUCUUCUACCAAGGAUGGCAUUUGAAGAUAUAAAACUAGGUGACCUAACAAUUCCCAAAGGUUUAUCAAUAUGGAUACCGGUCCUCGCGAUCCAUCAUAGCGAAGAAUUAUGGGGAAAAGAUGCUAAUGAAUUCAACCCCGAACGCUUUGGAGGUAGACCAUUCGCGCCUGGUCGACAUUUCAUUCCUUUCGCAGCGGGUCCUCGAAACUGCAUCGGACAAUCAUUUGCGAUGAUGGAAGCAAAAAUAAUAUUAACAACGCUAGUUUCGAAGUUCAACUUCACGAUAUCAAACAAUUAUAGACAUGCCCCGAUCGUUGUGCUUACUAUAAAACCUAAAUAUGGAGUUCAAGUGAUAUUGAAGCCAUUGGAUUCCUGA